UUCACGCUAAUUGUUCCGAAGCAGGGCGCGGAGUGCCGUGCUUUCUACGUGUUUUCGGCACGGUGGCCGUGUGAAAGAGAUGUUGCUGAUAUGUACAGUUACCUGAGAAAGAGUGAGUCUCUUUUACGGCCGUGGGACGGCCGGCUACUGUAGAACCGGACCAGCUCGCCUCUGCUGAGUGGGACCUGGCUCGCCACACCAACGGUCGCCCGUUAACGCUGCUCGGUGCUGCCGUCUUCCCACCCCGGACGAUGAAACGCGACGGGAUUUUACUUGUGACUUUUCUCUCAAACAGGAGGAAAAACAAGGAGAGAAAAUGAGGUUUACCGACCGUCUUAAGCUACACCGGUUGCUUACAAAAAGAGACAAGGAGGAAAUGACUCUCUGCUAGUACAAGAGGACGAAUACAGACAUUAAGGAAGCAUCUGUAAAACUUUUAGCUUUUCUUCUGAAUGAAUAAUUAUCUGAAAACGUGGAUAUUUAUGUUCGUCGUCGCAAAGAAGUCCCUGAUGCAUCUACCCAUGGAGGACUGAUGUCAACAUGCUGGCUCUGAGACUGGAGCAGCGGAGGCGGGGGCUCGGGGAAGCGGAUCGCCUGCCGAACGAGGCCGCCACUGCCUGGCAGGCCCGUCAGGCAGGGAGGCCCCCCGCUAAAGAGCAGGCUGUCAGCAUCAAGGAGAAGAUCUCCCAGUGGGAAGUUCGCAGCCAACAGGGCCCCGGCCAGGACGCAGGCCUGAAAGCACACCCGCCCGUUGUGUCCCGAACUCUGUCUGCAGACCUCCUGGGAAAUGGGAGCUCGGGAAGGAGUCUCCAUGCAAAGGCCAGCCUCUCAAAAGCAAAGAGCUAUGGACUGGAUUUUCGGGAAUCCCCGGCACAUGUGGGACCCGCUGUGGUCGGUCGCAGGUCGGAGCCUUUGCAAAGAACUUCUACUCAUUUUCCAACCACAUCCCCUGAAAAAAGGCUUUCCACACAAAUAUUUGAGUCUUCUAACGUGGAGAACAACACCCUUGUUUCUACAAGUAAACAAAUUCUUUCUGCCUAUAGUGACCAAAAAGUGGGUCGCAUCUUGGAUGUUGAACUAGUUUCUGAACCUCUACCUCUGUCAUCUGAUGACCCUGAAGACAACAUGCCUGCUGGAAACUUCUACACUUCCCGGGGUUUCUGGCGGAAGCUUGAGGGGGACCGACUCCUCUGGGAGAAAGGCAGAAGCUCUGCAGGAGAAGCUCACGCCCCUCCCAAACCUCUGCGCACAUUCCAGUAUUCUGGUGCUAAAAGCACGGGGCAAGCGGUGCAGUGGAACAGAAAACCAUCCCCUGUCAGCCAAUCCAAUAGGAGAAGCAGGAGGGUAGCACAUCCACCCAACUUCCCUCCCCCCCCAUGUCCGGUCACAAAGAACGAAGGGCUUUCAAGGCAUAAAAAGAACAGGAAGUCCUUUGAAUAUGAGGAUGCGGCGCGUCUGACAGCCCAGCCCGGAUCUGUGGGAGACGGGACUGUGCACUCCAGCCUUUACCAUGCCUACUCUGAUGACAACAUUUAUGAGGAUAUAGUCUGUGAAGUGCCCAGGGAUGACCCUUAUGAGGAUGUCAAGCUGUCUCCAAAGUGUCUCCCUAUAAGGCCUCAAGUCCCAAAGUUGCCUCAUAAACCCCAAACGUUGCACGGAUAUGCCGGAAAAGUGGAGAAAAAAGCCUCUCAAGCAUUAACAUCAUCUAAAUCCUCAACUUUCGCAAACACUUCUAAACCGGUGACCCCUCGUCGCUCGAGCACCCAAAAAGUCAACAGGGCCCCUGAGUAUGUCAGUAAGAUUGAGACAAUCUUUGACGACAAACGAGGGAGGAAAAGAGUGAAGAAUCAAGGCCCCUCAGUGCGAGCAGAGGAGACCAGCGGGACUGAAAGUGACCCUGAAGACAACAGUAAAGCAGGUUCCAGAAGAUCCGUUUACGUCCAGUCCACACUGAGACGGCGGCCAGGAUAUCGCACCCUCGAGAGAGAUCUGAUCCAGCUGCAGCAGCAGCAGCUUUUCCAGAUCUUUGUGGUGGUGUCGCUGAGAAAAGGCUCCCCAGGAAACACCUACUCCCCUGAAAUUACCCAACAGUUCCCCAAAAUGUUUGAGAAGUCGUCCCGAGUCUCCCGAGAAGCCGAGGAUCAGCUAAAGGUGAUUCCCCAGUUCUGCUUCCCUGAUUCCCAGGACUGGAAGCCUGCUUCCGACAUUCCAAGUGAGACCUUUUCCUUUGUCCUGACUGGAGAAGACGGCAGUCGCUGGUUUUGUUACUGCCGCAAGAUCCUGCCCAGUGGAAAGGGGAAGAGGCUCCCUGAGGUGCAUUGCAUUGUCAGCAAGCUGGGCUGUUUCAACCUGUUUGCAAAGAUUCUGGAGGAGGUGGAGAGGCGCAGAGAAAUUUCCCCAGCACUGGUUUAUCCCUUUAUGCGCAGCGUGAUGGAGGCCCCAUUUCCAGCCCCCGGACGCACAGUCACCGUCAAGAGCUUCCUCCCUGGCUCCGGGAAUGAGGUGCUGACUCUGUGUCGCCCUGUGGACUCGAGACUGGAACACGUGGACUUUGACAGCCUGCUGCAGUGUCUCAGUGUUGGGAAGCUCCUGCAGGUAUUCGCCUCCCUUCUCCUGGAGAGGAGGGUCAUCUUCAUCGCUGACAAACUCAGCGUGCUGUCUCGGUGUGGCCACGCGGCGCUGGCGCUGCUCUACCCGUUCACGUGGCAGCACACGUUUGUGCCGGUGUUACCUGCCAGCAUGCUGGACAUCAGCUGUUCCCCGACCCCGUUCCUGAUCGGUGUUCUGGCACCGUGCCUGCCACAGCUGCUGGAGCUGCCCAUCGAGGAGGUGCUCAUAGUGGAUCUGUGUGCAGACAAGUUUGUCAUUCAGGUGUGUACACAGUCAGCCGCGUACAGUGGCACCGGAAGGCGUGGUCCCACUGGAAAAGGGCUUUGCCUGCACUUGUCCCCGGCUGGGUUUUGGCUGGGGGAUGAGGACUGCAUCCUGCCCAGCAAACUGCAGGCGGCGCUGCAGCAGAUCCUGGAGGAGAGGGAAGACAUCCUGCGCCAGGACACGGCCGACACGUGUGGAGGCCCGCCGGCCGACCUGAGCUCGCUGGUGUCGGAGGGCUUCGUCCGGUUCUUCGUGGAGCUGGUAGGCCACUAUCCCCUCCACAUGAGCGAGAACUCCAGUGGAAGCAAAGAGCUGCAGCGGGAAAGCUUCCGGAAGUCCCACCCGUCCCGCGGAGCGCGGCAGUUCCUGCAGCUCUUCAUGGACACCCAGAUGUUCGCCGGCUUCAUCCAGGACAAAGAGCUGCGCAAGGGCCGAGGAAGAGGUCUCUUUGAAGCCAGAGUGGCCGAGUAUCUGGACUCGUGCCCCGAACCCGAGCCGAGCGGUGUGAACAGAUUUCUUAAAGGGCUCGGAAACAAGAUGAAGCUCCUUCAAAUGAAAUGAGAGACUCUGAAAAACGGAACACUUGUUGCUGCUGGACUGGCUGCGAGUACUGAAUGUAGAGAAGUCUCAUCUGGAUGCGAAUGGAGCAAUAAGGAGACGGAAACUGGAAACCUGUUCUGAAUCCCUUCCUCAGCAUCGUCUUAACGGGGCCUCGAGAAUCAGGUGUUGCCUCUGUGAAGCCACAAAAACAUUCCAGCUACUGAAGCUCUCCACUUUAAGCUCUGGUGGUUAUUAUGGUCUCCAUAAUAACGUGUUUACCUGCAACUUUUCUAGCAUUUAUUCAGGAAAUGUAAAUCAACGGUGUUGUUAAAAAUGUAGAUGAUGCCCGUGUCUCCGGCCUGGAGCGUUCCUUUGUACGUCCUGAUGUCAGUUCCAUGCUUUUCUCAGCUGAAACGAAGGUUUAUUAACUCUGAUCAGAACAUUUCAAAGUGCUUCAAUGUUCAAUCAAAUCCUUUGGGGUAUUUUUCAAACUCUCCUGUACUUUUUUCCUGUUGACUGGAUGUUUAAGUCUAAUUAAUGUUUACAUUUUGCACAUGUUCAACACCAUUGUACAGUAUUUGGAAUAUUUUUGUAAUAAAGCAUGACUUGUUCUACAUACUUUUGGAAUUGGUUCCCAAGGGGCUAAGAAAGGCUCGUCUGUUCCGUUUUUAUGAUGCAUACAUAGUCCUCACAGAGGGGGGCAGACCUGAACCCUGCAUAGUUUAACAGGUUUUACUAACUAGCUGAAAGCAUAGCCAUUGUUUUCAGCUGUCCCACUGAGCUUGGGCUUCAAAAUUGAGCCCCCACAGACUGAGACCCCCCCCAAAAAAUUUAAAUUAAACCACUAAAUGACUCACUCUGAAGCAGCUUGAAGUGUCACUUUUGCCU